ACCUCAAUUCUCUCUCCUCCCACAAAACACACACACCCAAACAAACCACAACUCCUCCACUUUCUCUCUCCUCAUUCACCCCUUUCUCUCAAUAAACCACGUUGUUUUGCGGUAACAAGGGGUGGUUUACCGGUGACCGGAACAAUGACCGGAACUAGGAUGCCGACGUGGAGGGAAAGAGAAAACAACAAAAAGCGUGAAAGACGACGUCGUGCCAUUGCUGCUAAGAUCUACACUGGACUUCGUAUGUACGGCAAUUAUAAACUUCCUAAACAUUGUGAUAAUAAUGAAGUUCUUAAAGCUCUUGCUAGAGAAGCUGGUUGGGUUGUCGAAGAAGAUGGCACCACUUACCGUCAGGGAUGCAAACCAAUGGAGCCCAUAGAUAUCAUUGGUGGCUCAGCAUCAGUAAGCCCAUGCUCGUCAUAUCCAGUCAGUCCUCGAGCUGGUGCAUCCUACAAUCCUAGUCCCGCUUCCUCGUCAUUCCCGAGUCCCGCUCAUUCAUACUUUGCUCCUAGUGCUAAUGGCACUACCGAUCCUAAUUCCUUAAUCCCAUGGCUAAAAAAUCUGUCUUCCUCCGGCUCCUCAUCCGCGUCUCCCAAACUUCCUUAUAUUUAUAUGCCUGGAGGUUCAAUUAGUGCUCCUGUGACACCUCUACUGAACUCACCAACCUGCAGAACUCCUCGAAACAAAAAUGACUGGGAUGAUAAUAACGUCGCCCCACCAUGGGCCAACCCAAUGAACUACUCCCUGCCUUCUUCCACACCGCAGAGCCCUGGCCGCCAAACCCUUCCUGAACCUGGAUGGCUUGCAAAUAUCCAAAUCACACAGGGUGCGCCCGCGUCUCCUACAUUUAGUCUUGUAUCAACCAACCCAUUUGCCUCUAGAGAGGAGGUGAUGGCAGGCGGGGGUUCAAGGAUGUGGACCCCAGGGCAGAGUGGGACAUGUUCUCCCAUCAUUGCUGCUGGGCCUGCUCGUACAGCAGAUGUUCAUAUGUCAGACGGCAUUGCAGCCGAGUUUGCCUUUGGAAAUGGAAUGAUGGGAGGCCUAGUUAAGGCGUGGGAAGGAGAAAUAAUUCAUGAAGAAUGUGUACCUGAUGACCUUGAACUCACACUUGGAAGCUCAAGAACUAGGUGAUAAUUGCAUUAAAACAGACUCAGUUCUGUGAAACAUUACAGGUCAAGAGGUAAAACCUGCUUCAGCAUACUUGUCCAUGAUUAUCUGAGAACUUCCCGUGUUUGCUCGAAUGCAUUUCCUCAGAUCGCCGAUGGUUCGGUUCACUGAAAAGAGACUGUCUUGCCCGUACCAUGAGGAGAAGAGCAGAGAGAAUCUAGAUGGUUUUGUCAUGGGGGUCUUUUUUUCUUUGUUUAUUUUCCUUUUUGGUCCUGGUUGAGUGGUUGUUUUACCAAAGUUGAAGAAAAAGGGGGAAAAAGAAAAAGAAAAAAUCACAAUACCUAUACAGCAUUAUUUAUUACUCCUGUGAUUUGUUUUAAGACUGGAUUUGUGCUUAGAAGCCAUGAAUACCAAGUAGAUGAUUGUGUAGUCCUGAAUUAAGAUUUGUAUUGUUGGUGAAUCAUUUUUUCUUCAUUACUAUGGCUCCAUGGAACCAUGACGUUGUUUGGCAGCGUCGUGCGACUCAAAGCCAUGGCAAUAUGAUAUUGAUAAAGAGUUUAAAUUGUA